AGCGUUGGGAGCUGCCUAUGGGACAGCGAAGAGUGGCACGGGUAUUGCAGCCAUGUCUGUCAUGAGGCCUGAGCUCAUCAUGAAGUCCAUCAUCCCCGUGGUGAUGGCGGGCAUCAUCGCCAUCUACGGCCUGGUGGUGGCCGUGCUCAUCGCCAACGCCCUCUCGCCCUCCAUCACACUGUUCAAGAGCUUUCUUCAGCUGGGUGCUGGCUUGAGUGUGGGCCUGAGUGGUCUGGCUGCUGGCUUUGCCAUCGGCAUCGUGGGUGACGCGGGGGUCCGGGGCACAGCACAGCAGCCCAGGCUAUUCGUGGGCAUGAUCCUCAUCCUGAUCUUCGCUGAAGUCCUGGGUCUCUACGGCCUCAUUGUGGCCCUUAUCCUCUCCACAAAGUAAACGGCACGGUGAUGUAAAGAGGUGUAACAAAUCCGCAUCCAAACAAAAAAGCUCCAGAAUGAAAAUGGUCUCUCCAAUGUGUACAGUUGUCCCAAUUUGGUAGUUGAUCUCUUGUAAAUGCGCAAUGUACGUUAGUGACUCGUCUGUCCUGUGUGUACUUCAAUAGUAAAUCGGAUGGGCUGCUCCCAGCCGCCUGCGUGGCUGGGAGGGGCCCAUGUGCAAUUUUCCACCCAUUGCUGUUAGUAUUUUAUGUAUAAAUAUGAACUAGAAAUGUAAUUUUUUUCUCUUCACUGGAUGUUUAUUUAUAAAAGACUUGACAUGUUCAUACAUCUAUGGAGCAAGGAUUUUCAAUUUCCCAUGCUAUAUAUAUUAAACUUAUAUAUAGGUAGAUUACACUGUGGGGUCAAUUGUAAGUGCAGAGAAUUCCUUGGAUGUAACUUUGAUUCUAAAGAUUGCUGUAGUGUCCUGGUAUUGGAGUAUGAGAAUUCUGUGUUUUAUUACAGCAACUGUCCGAAACACUCCCGUGUUUCAGUAGUAACCGCGUAUGCUCCGGCAUCAGAGUCGUGCACCCAGUGUUGGGUUACAAACUUAUACCAUGUUUCCAAAUAAAACUUCCUCACUACAUUGC